CCUGCCCCACCUCUCAGGAAUUACAGAGUGGUGUGCUUCCCUGUAGGACUGUUAUGUGUGCUCGCUCACAGGCUGACUCAUGUGUGAAGUCUACAGGUGGGGCCUCCUGCUGCAGACAGCCUGCCUUCCCUGAGUCAGGUGGGCCAGGGUGCUGAAAGGAAAGAGCAGGUAUAAGAGGCUGAGGCAGAAGUUUCUGCGCAGCCAGCAGGACCUCAGAGAUCAGGAUGCCGCCUGCAGUGAGGUGGCUAAUCCAGAAAGCAGGAUGGCUGUGGAUCUUUGGCGCAGCCCUGGGACAGUGUCUGGGAUACAAUUCACAGCAGCAGAGGGUAGCAUUUCUUCAACCUCCUGCUCAAAGUCAUCUGCAAGCAAGUUAUGUGGAGUUUAAACCCAACCAGGGUUGCAGCCCUGGAUACUUUCGGGAGAGCAAAGGCUUAUAUGCUGGACGAUGUGUUCCCUGCAAUUGCAACGGACAUUCAAAUCGGUGUUGGGAUGGCUCAGGAAUAUGUAUUAACUGCCAGCAUAAUAGUGCUGGGGACCACUGUGAAAGCUGCAAAGAGGGUUACUAUGGGAGUGCUGUCCAUGGAGCCUGCCGAGUCUGCCCUUGUCCUCAUUCCAACAGUUUUGCCACUGGCUGUGUUGUGACUGGAGGCAAUGUGGUGUGCUCCUGCAAACCCGGAUACACAGGAACACAGUGUGAAAGGUGUGCACCAGGAUAUUUUGGAAAUCCCCAGAAAUUUGGAGGGAGCUGCCAACCAUGCAAUUGUAACAGUAAUGGCCAGUUGGCCAGUUGUGACCCACUAACAGGAGACUGCAUAAGCCAAGAACCCAAAGAUGGUGGCCCUGGAGAAGAAUGUGAUGAUUGUGACAGCUGUGUGAUGACCCUCUUGAAUGACCUGGCCACCAUGGGUGAUGAGCUUCGCCUGCUCAAGUCUCAGUUGGAGGGGCUGAGUGCCAGUACAGGCCUUUUGGAACAGAUGAGGCACUUGGAGACCCAGACCAAGGACCUGAGGAAUCAGCUACUCAACUACCGUUCUACUAUUUCAAAUCAUGGUUCAAAGAUGGAUGGCUUGGAAAAAGAACUGAGUAAUUUAAAUCAUGAAUUUGAGACAUUGCAAGAAAAGGUUCAAGUCAACUCCAGGAAAGUGCAAACAUUAUAUAACAAUGUUGAUCAAACAACCCAAAGUGCCAAAGAGCUGGACACAAAGAUUAAAAAUGCCAUCUGGAAUGUACACAUUCUUUUGAAGCAGAUUUCUGGGACAGAUGGUGAAGGAAACAACCUGCCUUCGGGUGACGUUUCCAGACAGCUGGCUGAAGCAGAACGUAUGAUGAGGGAAUUGCGGAACCGCAACUUUGCCAAAUACCUGCGAGAAGCAGAAGCUGAAAAAAGAGAGGCUCAGCUCCUGCUGAAUCAGAUAAGGAGCUGGUUGGAAAGCUACCAGAUGGAAAACGGUGCACUUGUUAAGAGGAUGCGGGACUCUUUAAGUGAAUAUGAAGCUAAAGUCAGUAGCCUCCGUGCUGUGUUAAAGGAGGCAACUGCCCAAGCAAAGCGGGCCACUGGCCUCAACCUGGAAAACGAGAGGGCUUUGGAGACUGUCAAGAAAAAAGUUAAAGAAAUGAAUGCUCUCCAGAAUGAGUUCACCAAGUAUCUCACCACUUCAGACUCUUCCUUACUGCAAGUCAGCUCUUUGCUGCAGCUGAUGGGAGAAAGCCAUGAGAAAUAUGAGAAAUUAGCUGCCACUUUAAAUGAAGCACGACGUGAACUAAGUGAUAAAGUGAGAGAACUUUCCAAAUCUGCUAGCAAGACUUCCCUUGUGGUGGAGGCAGAAAAUCGUGCCCAGGACUUGCAAAAGCUGGCAAAGCAGCUGGAAGAGAUUAAGAGGAAUGCCAGUGGAGACGAGCUGGUGCGCUGUGCUCUAGAGGCUGCUACAGCCUAUGAAAGCAUCCUCAAUGCCAUCAAGGCCGCUGAAGAGGCGGCGGACAGGGCCAGCAGUGCGUCUGAGUCUGCCUUCCAGACAGUGAUAAAGGGAGAUCUUGCAAGAAAAUCGAAGAUCCUGAGUUCUGACAGCAACAAACUAUUAAAUGAAGCUAAGAGAACACAGAAGCAGCUACAGCAAGAAAUAAGCCCGGCUCUCAACAACUUACAUCAGACACUGAAAACUGUAACAGUUCAGAAGGAACUGAUAGACACCAGUCUCACUGCCAUUCACAAUGAUCUCCAUGGGAUACAGAGAGAUGAUAUUGAUGGUAUAAUUGAUAGUGCAAAAAGCAUGGUCAGAAAUGCCAACAACAUCACAAGUGAAGUUCUGGAUGAGCUCAACCCCAUUCAGACAGAUGUGGAAAGAAUUAAAGAUACCUAUGGGAGUGCACAAAGUGAAGACUUCAACAAAGCCCUCACCGAUGCAGAUAACUCAGUAAGGAGACUAACCAAUAAACUGCCUGAUCUUCUGAGCAAGAUUGAAAGUAUCAACCAGCAACUAUUGCCACUGGGUAAUAUCUCUGACAACGUGGACCGCAUCCGAGAGCUAAUCCAGCAGGCCAGAGAUGCUGCGAAUAAGGUUGCUGUCCCAAUGAGGUUCAAUGGUAAAUCUGGAGUUGAAGUCCGGCUGCCUAGUGACCUGGAAGAUUUAAAAGGAUACACGUCUCUUUCUUUGUUUCUCCAAAGAACUGAGCCAAAAGAAAGUAGGGGAACUGAGAAUAUGUUUGUGAUGUACCUUGGAAAUAAAGAUGCCUCCAGGGACUACAUUGGCAUGGCAGUUGUACGUGGCCAGCUCACGUGUAUCUACCACCUGGGAGAUCACGAGGCUGAACUCCAAGUGGACCAGAUCUUGACUGAGAGUGAAACUCAGGAGGCAGUGAUGGACCGGGUGAAAUUUCAGAGAAUUUAUCAGUUUGCAAGGCUUAAUUACACCAAAAAAGCCACAUCCAGUAAGCCAGAAAAGCCCCAGUUCCAUGAAAUGGAUAGUGGAAACAAAAACACACUCCUCAACUUGGAUCCUGAAAAUGUUGUGUUUUAUGUUGGAGGUUACCCAGCAGAUUUUCAACUUCCCAGUAGAAUAAGUUAUCCUCCAUACAAAGGUUGUAUUGAAUUAGAUGACCUCAAUGAAAAUGUCCUGAGUUUGUACAACUUCAAAGAAACUUUUCAUCUCAACACAACUGAAGUGGAGCCUUGUAGAAGGAGAAAGGAAGAAUCAGACAAAAAUUAUUUUGAAGGAACAGGAUAUGCUCGUGUUCCAACUCAGCCAAAUGCUCCCUUUCCAACCUUUGGACAAACAAUUCAGACCACUGUGGAUAAAGGUUUGCUGUUCUUUGCAGAGAACCAGGAUCAAUUCAUAUCUCUAAAUGUUGAAGAUGGCAGUCUCAUGUUGCGUUACAAACUGAAUUCAGAUCCACCCAAAGAAAAAGGAUUUAGAGGCACUAUAAACGAUGGCAAAGAUCAUACGAUUCUGAUCAAAAUUGGAAAACUCCAGAAAGUUAUGAGGAUAAAUGUGCAUAAGGAAACCAUUACAGUUGAUGGUGAAAUGUUUGAUUUCAACACUUACUAUUUGGGAGGAAUUCCAAUCUCAAUCAGGGAAAGGUUUAACAUUUCUACACCUGCUUUUCGAGGCUGCAUGAAAAAUCUAAAGAAAACUAGUGGUGUUGUUAGGUUGAACGAUACUGUGGGAGUAACGAAAAAGUGCUCAGAAGACUGGAAGCUCGUGCGAACUGCUUCAUUCUCCAGGGGAGGACAGCUGAGUUUCACCAAUCUGGGCUACCCAUUGUCUGACUCCUUCCAGGCCUCCUUUGGCUUUCAGACCUUUGAACCCAGUGGCAUACUACUGAAUCAUCAGACAAAGACAAGUAGCCUGCAGGUCACGUUGGAAGAUGGUCAUGUUGAACUGAGCACCAAGGAUAGCAGUGGCCCAAUUAUUAGAUCUUCAGGGACGUACAUGGAUGGGUCACUGCAUUAUGUAACUGUGAUUGGUGACAAUUCUGGACUCCAGCUUCUCAUUGAUGACCAGCCUCUGCAAAACAACCAAAGGCAGCAAUUCCUGUCAAAUAACCUGCAGACUCUGCGUCUGGGUGGGAGUUACUUUGAAGGGUGUCUCAGCAAUGUCUUUAUCCACAGGUGUGUAUCGUCUCAGUCUGUGGGGUCAAGAGAAGUAGCCCAUCAGUGGGGGUGGGGUGGCUGCAUCUCACUGCUCUGGGUAGCGUAGGCAGGUUUGUCACUAUGGGCUACUCAAGGCUUUCAUUGAUAACCUCAAACUCUCAAAUUGCUUUUUUUUUUUUUGCAAGAUGUACAUAUUUUUUCAACUUUAUUCUUUUAUCCCCUUCUUUUUCAUUUGAUCAAGACAGAGGAGAAAUUGAGAGGGAGGAGGAAGAUUCAGAGGGA